AUGUCCCCACCCCUCACCCCCCCAGAGACAAAGCAGGAGCUGGAGGACCUCACGGCCGACAUCAAGAAGACGGCGAACAAAGUGCGCUCCAAGUUGAAAGCCAUCGAGCAGAGCAUCGAGCAGGAGGAAGGUCUCAACCGCUCCUCGGCCGACCUACGCAUCCGGAAAACGCAGCACUCCACACUGUCCCGCAAGUUCGUGGAGGUGAUGACGGAGUACAACGCCACCCAGUCCAAGUACCGCGACCGGUGCAAGGACAGGAUCCAGAGGCAGCUGGAGAUCACCGGCCGGACCACCACCAACGAGGAGCUGGAGGACAUGCUGGAGAGCGGCAAGUUGGCCAUCUUCACCGAUGACAUCAAGAUGGACUCGCAGAUGACCAAACAGGCCCUGAACGAGAUCGAGACGCGACACAACGAGAUCAUCAAGCUGGAAACGAGCAUCCGGGAGCUGCACGACAUGUUUGUGGACAUGGCCAUGCUGGUGGAGAGCCAGGGCGAGAUGAUCGACCGCAUCGAGUACAACGUGGAGCACUCGGUCGACUACGUGGAACGGGCCGUGUCGGACACCAAAAAAGCCGUAAAGUACCAGAGCAAAGCCCGGAGG